GUCUUCUCUACCUUUAGGUUGCCAAAAAACUACACGAACUUAAUAAUCUACACUCUCUAUUUGCCAUUAUAUCGGCCAUGCAAAGUGCCAGCAUUUAUCGUUUAAAGAAAACUUGGACUUGUCUAGCUAAAAAGGAUAAACAAAGCUACGAACGUCUAAGUGAUAUUUUCAGCGAUCAAAAUAAUUGGGAAAAUUUGCGAGCCUAUUUGGAAAGUUUACGUUUACCAUGUAUACCCUAUUUGGGUUUAUUUCUCACCGAUCUAAUAUACAUCGAUUUGGCUUAUCCACAAAAAGAUGGUAUUGAACCAGAAUCUCGACGUAUACGUAUGAAUAAUAUUUUAAGAGUUAUAGCCAAUUAUCAGGAAUCGAAUUAUAAGCAAAUACAACCGGUAGAGGCAACACAAAAGUAUUUAACCUCCAUUAGGUAUAUAGAAGAAUUGCAAAAUAUAUUUGAGGAGGAACAAUACAAGAAAUCCUUAAAAUUGGAACCCAUUUCACCGUUGGUUCCCAGCUCUUCUUCUUGCAGUUCAAAGGAGUCAUUUAAUGUGGAUGCUGUUACACCGGCCUUGGCCUGUCUAAAUUUAUCUCCCGCUAAAACUUCAGCCUCAGUACGUUUACCCAAUUCCUCGGCUGUUAAAUUUAUACCCGGUCAUCGUAAAUGUCGCAGUCUGGGCACUAAGUUUCGUAGCACCAGUUUGCCGCGAAAUUUUUCACAAAAGUGUCAUUGCUCACUUAUAAUGCUAACAAAAUCUGGCAUUGUUGUCAAUGCUACUGCAACACAUAAGCGUUGUCCAUGUCAUUGUCGGUGAGUUGUUUCCGGUCAU